UAAAUAGAAGCAGCGAGUCAGUCAUUGUGUGUUACAAAGCUGAAUUACAGAACAGAAUUACCAACUAAGACUGGAAGUGUGCAAUCAUGGAGCUGGAACCUAAAAAGAUCAGGGAAGGAUAUUUGGUUAAAAAGGGAACCCUGUUUAACUCCUGGAAGGCAUUGUGGGUUGUGUUGUUUGAUGAUGGGAUUGAAUUCUACAAGAAGAAAACAGACAACAGUCCCAAAGGAAUGAUCCCGCUGAAAGGGAGUUCCAUCUCUACUCUAUGCCAAGACUAUGGAAAAAGAACGUUUGUUAUGAAACUCAGCACAGGAAAGCAACAAGAUCACUUUUUUCAGGCUGCUUUUCUAGAAGAGAGGGAUGCCUGGAUAAAAGACAUCAAGACAGCAAUCACAUGCCUUGAAGCAGGAUGCAAAUUUGCAAGAAGAUCUACACGGAGAUCAAUAAGAUUGUCAGAAAAUGUCGAUUUAAGCGCUCUUCAUAUUUCCAUGAGGGAUCAAGACUCUGGAGUGAAAGAACUGAAACUGGAGAAAGACAAACGAGUCUUCAAUUACUGUUUCACAGGAAACACUGUCAUUGACUGGCUGAUGGCAAACAAGAAGACAAGAAAUCGGCAGGAAGGUGUCAUGCUUGCGACUGCUCUUCUGAAUGAAGGUUAUCUGCAGCAUGCUGGAAACAUUUCUAAAAAGGCAGUGGAAAGUGUAUCAGAUGUCACAUUCCUUGAUCAACAUGACGCUCUUUAUUACUUUGCAGACAGUGGCUUUUACUGUGAGGGAUAUUCAAGCGACGAAGAUGUGGUUUGGAAAGAAGAGUUCAGAGGGGCAGUUGUGAAACAGGGGUACCUACUGAAACAGGGACAACGAAGGAAAAACUGGAAAGUGAGAAAAUUUAUUCUAAGAGAUGAUCCUGCCUACAUGCAUUACUACGAUCCUUCCAAGGGCGAGGAUUAUGCUCUUGGUGCGAUCCACUUGCAUGGCUCUGUGGUGACUGCUAUAGAAUACGUACGAGAUGCUAAGAAGUACGAUGUGGAAGGCAAUCUCUUUGAAAUCAUCACAUCAGAUGAAACUCACUACUUUCUACAAACAGCUACAUCUACUGAGCGGAAAGAGUGGAUCCAGGCCAUUCAAACAGUGGCUAAGACUGGAAAAUAGUGUAGGCUAUAUCAAAAGUACCAAGCUGUGAAAUUUUAUUUUGAGGAUUUGAUUCAAUCUACCAAUCUAAGAUGCAAAUGUGUUUACACAGCAUUAAAAAGUCUUCAGAAACGAAAAGAAAAAAACAACUUUCAUUCCUCUCGCUUUUGGUUUCUAUAUCACAGCAUUCUGUUAUCUAGCCAUUAAUGGCGCACUUUAUUUAUCCUUAACUAACAAUCCUUUAUAGAAAUAUAUACUGUAUCCACUCGGGUUUAUUCAAGAUGAUCCCAUUGUUGUGAAACUGCAUUUUACCAUUUAUUCUCCCAAGCAAUUCAUACCUGGGGAACAUGGCAUGUACACUUCAAACUCUAUUGGUUCUCCAAAGCAAGAAAAAUAUCUGGAUAGUCUUGUACCUGGGUAACAUAUAUAGUGAUGAAUGGUACAAUGAUGGGCAGGUGUGUUACAUUUUGUUGGUGAAAUCUAGGCCUAUUCUCACAUGAAUGUUUCCUGUCCCUGAACUAAAACCCCCAAGGUUCAAAGUUAUCUUCAACAUACUAUGGCCCAUUUUUAUAGGAAAAGUUCUAUUUUAGAUCAUUUUGUUGAAGAAUGCUUCAGAUUCCUGUUCACAUGGCAUUGCUUAUUUAAUAAAGAGUUUUUUCACCUUUAAAAGUUGUUUGCAGUGAGGUCAAUGUCAUACAACUCUUCUGUGUUCUGUGUCCUUGGUACAAUUCUUUCAUACCCUAUUAUGCAUGAUGCUUCUAAAUCUUUCUUUAUCUGGCUUUUAACCUUGGCUUUUUUUCAGCUGCUCGGAUGAUUCUCCUACUUGCUGUACCUGUACGUUUCUUUGGGAGUCCACUUCUUUCAAGCAUUUAGUUGAAGCUGUUUAUGUUGGAAUUUUUUUUGUCUUUUGACAUUAUAAGCACAGCUUAGUUACUAUAUAAUGGUUUUCAAUCAAUUAAUCUUUUAAAAUUAGUUCUAUUACAUUUUUACAGACUUUUAGUAAAAGUGC